CCACUACAGGGGCCGUGGCCGGCGAAGUGCGGCCAGAUCCCGGUCAGCCACGUGCCUGGCACGCUGCAGCGGGAGGGUGGCCAGCGCCACUUCCAGAGGGCAUGAACCACCACCACGCCUCCCACCUGCCUCCCCAGGGGCAGCCGCGGCCGCCGCCCCCGACCUGACGCCUGGGUGGACGCCACGCUUCCGGAGGGACCUCCCCUGCCACCGCGCCACAGCUCCGAGGGCCGGUAACAUCCCAGGAACCUUCCCGCCGUCCUGGUCCGCCCCCGGGGAGCCCGAGCCGAGGGCGCUGGACUGACAGCGGGCGGCGUCGGUCCAGGUAGGGGUGAGGAGCGGCCUCGGACGUCCUCCCCGCCGCUCUGCGCCCGUCCCAUCUGGGACCCGGCAGCAUAACGGGUGCCGACCGGGGACAGCGGGGGCGGGGGGCACAUGCUCACCAGUAUUUGGCCAGCUCGCGGUAGCGCGGGCCCAGGAACCUGCUCAGCAUUGCCGCACCGUCCGCAGCUCAGGGUGACCCCGACUGUCGCCCCGCUGCAUUACGCAGGCGCGGCGGCCGCAGCGCGCAGGCUCCUGGGGAGGCUCCGCCCGCGGCGAGCAGCCCGCUGGGCGACAGGCGUCUGCGGUUGCUGCGCGCGCAAACCCGGAAGACCUUGCAGUCAUUUCCGGGCAGGGUCGGAAGUCGAUUGUCGCGGCCGCGAGGGGGCGGGUCUGGAGCGGGGAGUGUCCUGCGCUGCGCGAGACUGGGCGGCGCGGGUGGCGUCCGCCCGCCGGCGGUCGGGUUGGCCCUCUCCGCGCGGCCUGCGGCAGCUAAGUACAACCGCCGCCCUCGGCUGGUGGUUUUGUGUCUUUACCGCAAGCCGAGGCUCUAUUUGCCGUCAGGGAAACUUCGGCCCUGCGGGGCAGCACCUUGGCCGGAGCCGCACGGAGGGAACCGCGUCGCGGCGGCGGGCCGCGCCCCCCCGCCUCUCCUGGAGCGGUCGCUCGCAGCCCAGCUCGGCCAGCGGACCGACCCCCGGCGCGGGCGGGGCUUGGCCGGCCGCGGUCACCGCUUCUAGGGCCGCAGCAGGCCCGGGAGAAGGGUGGCCGGCGCGGGCUCCGCUCCCGCCGCGCUGUCGGGGUCCCUGCCCCUGCGCCUCCCGCGGGGUGGCGAGCUGCCGGGGGUGCUGGCCCCGACGGCGAGAGCCCGCUCCCGGAGCCCCGGAGCGGCUUGUGGCUGGACGGGACGUUGUUUCUCGUCCUUCGCGGGCGCUCGGGGCCGUGAGCCUGCGGCCGGAGGGAGUCUGUGGGCGGAAGCCUGAAAUGGGCGGCGGAGCCCGUGGAGGUGGCCGAGAGAGGAGGGAGGCGGAGUGAAGCUGUCUGAGGAGUGGGAGGGGGCGCCUGGCUGGCUCCGUCAGUCAAGCGCAGGACUCUAGGUUGCCGCUCGGGUCCUGAUCUCAGGGUCGUGAGAUCGAGCCCCAGGCUGGGCUCGUGGCUCCGCGCAGAGUUGGCUUGAGAUUCUCCCUCUGCCUCUCCCUCCGCUCAUGCUCCCCGCCCCCGCCCCAACCCCUGUGUCUCAAAGAAAGAAAGAAAGGAAGGAGGGAAGGAAGGAAGGAAGGAAGACAGAAAGAUCUUUUAAACAAUAAGUAGAGAUGGGCAUAAAGGCCUGAGGGCUACAGGUCCUGGAUCCAGCAGUUCCUGAUGCCCUGCCUCAUUGCUCCUUCUGCUUAAUGUACUUAAGAGAAAAGGAGUUUUAUGGCAUGUUGGAUGGCUUCAGGCACGGCUGGAUCCAGGAGCAUAGCAAUAUUAUUACGAAUCUCUCUCUGCAUUUCUCAGCUCUUCUUUCCUCUGUUGUCCUUGCCCUCUUGUGAGCUCUCUCUGAGCAGUGGCAUGUGGAAACUCUAGGUCAACAUUCCAGCAGCCCUUGAAGGAAGAUGGCACCUCUUUGCUGUUGUGGAAAAUGCCCCAAGGCUGGUUCUCCUGGGCCUGCUGUGGAAAUGGGGCAGAGGUCGCUAUGCUCAUAAGAGGACAUGGACUGAAACUAGAGGAGGGGAGGAUCCCCACAAAGGAGUAGUCAGGAUCCUGAUAUCCAAAGCGGUGGUGGAUAAGCAGGACCUUGGAUUUCCCAUGAUACUCCUAUCCAGCCUCUAGGGGAAACUCAGCUCCUACAAUUUUUUUAUGCUGUGAAGUUCACAAAAGUUGUUGCAACCACCACCCUGUCUAGUUGCAGAAAAUUUUCAUCACUUCCGAAAGAAGCCCCAUAGGUCUCCCUCCUCCUCCCCCUCCCUCAGGCUCUCCCCAGCCCCCUGCCCCCACGAGCCCCUCUCCUGUCCAUGGAAGAGCCUGGUCUGGGCGCGUCACACACUUGGACUCACACCCCCUGUGGCCUUUUGUGUCUGAUUCCCUCCCUGAGCUUUGUAGGCUCAGGGUCCGUCCCUGGGGCAGCGCGUGGGGCCCCGCUCCUGCUUGUGGGCAAAGGAGGCUCCCCUGCGUGGGCGGGGGUUGUGUUUAUCCGUUCACCUGUUGAUGGAGUCUUUUUCUUUUAAAUCUUUACAACUUACUGAGGAAUACUGGACAUGCAAAAACGCAUGGACUGAGCACGUAGAACUUGGUGUUUGGACGUGUGUGUGUGCCCACCACCAGGACUGCGGGCGCCUGCUGGCCUUCCUCCUGCCCAUCUGGACCCUUGCCGCCCCCCUCCCGGCCCCUGCGAGCAUUCAUCUGUCUCCUGUUGGUUCAUCUGCACUUUCCUGACUCUUCUACCAGGGGGCAUACAGUGUGUUCCACUUGGUGUCUGGUGCCUUUCUUCUGCUGCCCAGUCGAGACCCGUGGAGGGCGAACCUGUGUGCAGACCACUCACCUGCUAGAGGGCAUUCUGCCCGUUUCCAGGUUUCGCCAUCACAGCUGUGGCCCAUGACUGGUUCUGUCCAGGUCUUUGAGUGGAUGUGUGUCUUUAUCCCCCUGGAGAGGAUCCUGGGGGGCCGGCUGCGUGCAGUGGGGCCCCCGUGUUGAGCUGUGGACAGAACCGCCAAGCUUCCUGUUUUUUCACACUGAGAUGUAACUGCUGCGGACGGUCAGGGUGCUUGUCACUGACUUGGGGCCUAUUCUGCGCCAGGACAAGCUCAUCUCAGGAUCUGGAGUUCCACUGGCAAAGGCCCUUUCCUCGAGCACGCCCAGUUCCGGGGUCAGGCAUGAGGGGUCCAUGUCCAGAAGCUGCAGCGCAGCGUGGUGUCCGAGGGGCUGGCCGGCGUGGCAGGGUGCCUGGGGUUCAUGUCAGGCCCAAGCUGUGUCGUCUUCCCGAGAGUAGGGGGGCUCAGAGGGCUGGCGGGGGCUGGCGGAAAGUCUGGGACAAGCACACAGUGACCUGCACCCUUCAGACAUGCCCAAGAUGCCAUUGCUGCUGUCAAGACAUGGGCGCGUCCCUUGCACCGAGUUUUCCUCCAUCCCUUGCUCCCGUGGCUCCCUGAGCCGGGCCAAGAUGCUCCUUCCAGAAAUUUCCAUAGAGCAGAUCCUUGCUGGGACGGGGAGGGAGGGAUGCCUCACUGAAGGAUUUUAGCACCUUUGUGAUCUAUCUUUAAACAGCCUUUUUGAGGGGCACCAGCUGGCACAGUGGGAAGAACAUGUGACUUUUGAUCUCAGGGUUAUGAGUUCAAGCCCCA